AUGGAGGAAGAGCAGCAGGAAAACCGCGAACAACUUCCAGAACUGCGAUCGAUUCACAAUCGGCAAAGCUCCUUCGUGAAAUUCAUCAACAUGACCAGCUACAACGUGAACGUCUAUUGGAUCGACUACGCGGGCAAAGAGGUCGCAUACAAAGUGCUCGGCUGUCAGGAUUACAUCGACAUCAAUACCUUCGUGACGCACCCAUGGAUUUUCGUGGAAGAAGAGACCAAAGAUAGGCUGCUGGGCAACGGCCAGCCCGUGUAUUUCCCGGAAGCGUGGUUCGAGCGUUACCGCGGUCUGCGCCAGCAGGACCUGCCGGCCAGGAGAAUCGAGCGCACCGUCGUCUACAUCAGUCUGCCCAUGUACUCGCUUCGCGAGCUGGCCCUGCGAGCGAUCAAGCGUCGACUGCGCUACGAUGAACACGCGCAGCUGCUGGAGAUACCAAAGACUUUGCGGGACGAGCUGGCCACCAUGGAGCCCAGGAAACCCGCGCCCGAGAAAUCCUCCGCGUGA